AUGAACAUUUUAAUUAUUGCAUUCGGAUUAGCGUUGGUCACAAUCGCUGCAGCUCAUGGUGGAGAGAGCUAUGUGAAAAGAUCAGAUCAUCAUGGAUAUCAUUCAGUUGUGAGUCACCAUGGUGGACAUGGAGGUGACGAUGGCGGUCAUGGAGGCCAUGGAGGCCAUGGUGGACAUGAUGGAGGUCAUGAUGGAGGUCAUCAUGAUUAUUAUCAUCACCCAGCAUACAAAUUCGAAUAUGGAGUGAAAGAUCCCCACACCAAGGAUCACCACAGCCAAUGGGAGCACAGAGAUGGUGAUGUCGUCAAGGGUGAAUACACUUUGGAUGAAGCUGAUGGCACCAAACGUGUUGUCAAAUACACUUCAGAUAAGAAAUCUGGUUUCAAUGCUAUCGUUGAGAAAAUUGGACAUGCUCAUCAUCCAGCACAUUACGGACAUCAAGAACAUCAUGGACAUCACUAA